AUGAAGGCGAUAUUGCUGGCAUUUUGUAUUGCCGCCGUCGCGUCAGCCGAACGAAAAAAGCAUUAUGUGGAAAUUCCGGAAGACGCCGAGCUCAAUGGCACCACCUAUACGAUAUCCGCGUUCACGCCGAAGACUUUUGUAAAGUCCGCGGAGUUUGAGCUCAACUACACAAUGUGCGUGCAAUACUCAUUUCGUCUGAAGGAGCGCCGAGUGAGACUUCACGCCUACACGUGUCAAUUGUCGACAGGCGGUUUUUGCACUCUGGACAAGUUCUCCUAUCCCGACGAUCAGCAGGGAUGCACCUAUUUGCGGCCAUGGACCCAUAAAAAAGACACGUGGUCUUUCUACUUCGUAUUGGAGAAACGAGCAAGGCAGUACCGAAAGGGUUACGAUCAUACACGCAAAAGGAAGCGCCAAACCCGAAAAGCGACGUCAACUGAGCCCAGUGGCAUCUUCCAUCUUUACGGAAUCGUUCCGUGCAGUGAAGCCUGCCUUACACAGGAAGAGAAAAAACUGGGCUCUUAUGCAGAUGGAACAUUCCAUCGCGGUAGAUCGAAUCGACUUCUUUAUUAG